CCAACGAGGAGUAUUACCAGCUGCUCAUGUCCAGCGAGAAGCACAGCUGCGGCCCGGACGUGCCCUCCUACACCAUAGAGGAGAUCCAGAGCGCCACCUCCGAGGUCAUUAUGAAGAGCACGGACAUGUUUGCUGCGGCUGUGUCCCUGGUCACAGGGAAAACCCUGUACAUCUCCAACCAGGUGGCCUCCAUCUUCCACUGUAAGAGAGACACCUUUCACGAUGCCAAGUUCGUGGAGUUCUUGGCGCCCCAUGACGUUAGCGUGUUCCACAGCUCCACCACGCCUUACAAGCUUCCUCCGUGGAGUGUCUGCAGUGGGACAGAUUCUUUCACUCAAGAAUGCAUGGAGGAGAAGUCUUUCUUCUGCCGUGUCAGCUUCGGGAAGAACCAUGAAGAUGAGAUCCACUACCACCCGUUCCGUAUGACGCCUUACCUGGUCAAGGUGCCGGAGCAGCAGGGCGCUGAGAGCCAGCUGUGCUGCGUGCUGCUGGCAGAGAGGGUGCACUCCGGCUACGAAGCCCCUAGAAUUCCUCCGGAAAAGAGAAUUUUUACGACCACACAUACACCCAAUUGUUUGUUCCAGGACGUAGAUGAAAGGUAAGCCCCGUGUGCUGUCCCCGCUGCCCAUGCCUGCCUUGUGCUCACCCUUGUCUCAGAACCAGUGCUGCAUCCCCAGGCCCACAGGUUCCCUCCCUAGACAUUUAGCGUUCUGUCGUUGUCUUGGUAAUUACUUCAUAACUAAGGAAAGCUCAAUGAAUGUUCAUGGUUUUGACAUUGAAGCUGUUAAGCUAAAGCUAAGCCUGCAUGUUAUGUGUGGUAAUCAACAAAAGCAUUUGAGUAUGUUAAGCAAUGAGAUAAUUGUGGAAUUACACUAAAAACCUCCUGAGAUACAAAGACUGUAAAUGGGGCUAUCAGGGGAGCUGGUAAUUGUUCUAAGACUGUUUAAACUCGUUUCAAAGUUAGACACAGAGAAGCACUGGUACAAGUGGGGAUGGUGCGCCAGGGACAGGUGCACAUCAGUGGGCAGGGUCCCAGCACAAGUGCACCUGCCAGCCUGCGUGUCACCUGCACCCUCUGUCCAGAGCCCCUUUGGGGUGUCCCAGCCAGGAUGCUGCAGCUGCUGGGAGCACUGACAUCUGAGGGUUUG